UAAUGUAAAUAUCACAAGAAGUGAAUAACAAAUAUCAAGAUUCUAAAACAUGAAACUUUUUUGUACAAGAAAAUAAAAGCGUAGUAAGUUGAAGAACUUUAUAACAUUACUUCGCUAAACAACUUUUUACAUAACGAUAAAUUACAACAAAGUUUUUAAAGAUGUACUCCGAUUCAGAUGAAGAAGAAGAAGGAGGAGAGGAAAGGAGCCAUGUUGUGUUAGGAGAUUAUCAAGGGGAAAGGAACGACGAAGGACAACGUCACGGUUAUGGGGCAGCUACUUUACCCAAUGGUGAUAAAUAUGAAGGUUAUUACGCUUAUGGGAAAAGACAUGGUGAAGGAAUGUAUUUAUUCAGUUGUGGCGCGAAAUACAAAGGAAAUUAUGCAAAUGGUAAAAAGUCAGGAUAUGGAAUAUUUUUCAAUAUAGACGGUAGCCGAUACGAAGGAAAUUGGUCCAACGAUGCAAAAAAUGGCAACGGGACUUAUUAUUACUCAAAUGGUGAUACUUACAAGGGAGAUUGGCUCGAAAACAGAAGACAUGGAAGAGGAAAAUAUUAUUAUAAACAAUCAGGAACGGUUUUUGAUGGACGAUGGGUGCAGGGAAAAUGGGAUGGUCCAGGUGAUUUGAUACAUCAAGACCAUCGAUAUAUUGGUUUCUACGAAAACGGUAUUCCCAUUGGAAAAGGAAGGUACGUCUUUAAUGGCUAUGAACAGCAUGGGUAUUACGAGAAAGUUGAACUCUAUAAUAAAGAGGAUGAAUAUCUAAUAAAUGAAGACGACAGCUUUGACCAUCAUGUUGAAAAUAGUACCGCCGUUUGGAAACCGACCAAGAUCAUUGACAAUCGAAUUAAAUAGUUUUUUCGUACACCCAUCUUAUUUAUGUUUGAAUAUUAUUUUUAUUAAUAUUACUAUUACUUUUUACCA